AUGGCAGGGAGCGUGGCCCCCGGGCUGCCUCUGCUCCCCGUGCUCCUGGUGCUGGCCGCCGCCGACCCCCCGCCUGCUGGAGAGGGGUCCGCCCGCGGCCAGGCCGGCGGUGACGGGCGGGUCCUCCCUGCAGACGUGUGGCAGUCCCCCCUCUACACAGUCACCCCCGAGGGGGGCUCCACCAACAUCACCUGCUCCGUCCACGUGAACGGGACCCUGCUCGGGGUCCACCUGAGGCAAGGCCAUCUGCCGAAGACGCGCAAGGUGACGUACUACGACGGGGCGAGCGCCCCCACCGUGGACGAGCGGUUCCAGGGCCGCGUCGUCUUCUCGGGGCCCACGGACCGCCUGACCAUCACCGUGCAGCGCCUGCGGCCGGAGGACACCGGCACCUACUUCUGCGAGGCCAUCAUGGGGGAGGGGAAGGGCUGGGGCGCCGGCACCACGGUGGUGGUGACAGACACACUGUCCCCAGCGGCCAACGCCUGCCCCGGGACUCAGCUGGCCCACUUCACCUUCCCCGUGGCCCUGGCCAUGGGCUGCCUCCUGGUCGUGCUGGGCCUGGCCGCCACGUGUGUGCUGAGGAGGAGGCAGAUCAGGAACAUGUGCUCGGCGCGGGACAGGAGCAUGACGUGUGUGAUCUACGAAGACAUGUCCUGCAGCCGCCGGAACACCAUCUCCAUCCCCCACCACAACCAUGUCCGCCCUCAACCAGACCUGGGCCCCUCGGGACUCAGGGAAGCCGCCUGACGAACAGCGAGGAGGCCGAGUCCGCAGGAAACACGGAUCCCGGGUCCGAGCAGCCAGGAGCUCAGCUCCUCGAGGGAAGAGCUGGAGGAGGAAACGGUGCGAAAUCACAGAUGCAGAGUCGGCACAACAGCAAGUUGGGCCCUUGUAGGAGCAACCAAUCGAUGUUUCUCUCCUCCUCCUCCUCCUCCCUUCCACGCUCCCUAAAAAUCAAUGGAAAAAUAACCUCUGGGGAGGAUUGACCAAGAAAUAAAAU